AUGUCUAGUUCAUCGAGAGUACCCAUAUCUUUUGGCCCCCGGAACAUUCAAAUCUUUAACGGUAUGACUGGAAAUCAUAUCGGUGGUCUCUUUCAAGCAGGCUCGAUUACCAAUGGAAACUUUCUCUCGAUGCUUGGUAUUUUGAUUAUUACAGAGGUGCCUUUUACAGUCUCAUCAAGAUUAACGGGGCAAAAUAUUCAACCUGAUAACCAGAUACUGAGUCUCGGUGACUACGAUAUUCAUGUCACGCCAGUUACUCAAACCAUCACAGUUAAUAACGAGCCUAUCUUCCGACGAAUUAUUUCCCACAAUGUGACUGGCAGAGAGGAGUGUUUCACAGAAGAUGUCCGUCUUCGUGAUAAGAUUUGUUGUUUUUCUGGCGACGCGGUACUGACAUGGCAGUAUGAUAUGUGGGAGGGGUGGGAAGCUGCACACAUCUUUCCCGUUGCAAAAGGAUCUUUGUGGAAUCAAUGGGGCUUUGGUCGAUGGAUCACGAACGGAGCAACUGGUAGACACCUCAAUUCAAUCAAUUCAAUACAGAAUGGGUUUUUGAUUGGCUCUACACUUCACAAGAUUUUCGACCAUUUUCGUGUAUCCGCCAACCCUGAUGACGGUUAUAAAAUUACGACUUUUAUACCUUUGACCAGACCUAUCGAUGGGCGGAUUUUGGAACUAGUCUGCCGCGAUCCUAAUGACCCAAAUCGCAUAUCGGAUAAUCUUCUUCGAUGGCACUUCCGUCAGUCCAUCCUAGUCAAUAUGAGAGGGGCCGGUGAGCCCAGUUGGGACGAUGACUUUCCUCCCGGUAGAGAUGUAAUGAGAGUCAUUCGUUCUGGCCCACUACCGGAGGAACGAAUGGAAGCUGAGCUCUGGGACCGACUGGCAAUGCUAGAGAUUCGUCAAGACGAAGAGGAUUGGCAGGGUGAGACGAGGAGCACCGAAAUUCAACAGGUCGAGGAUGAUGAAGAAUGCUCACAGGAUGAAACAAGCAGCAUUGACUCGGAGGCCAUCGGUUGGUGA